CGAAUCUUGAAUCCGGGCUGUCAAGUCCGUCCGAAGCACAUGGAUUCAACAUACUUAUCUCAAGGCCAAGCUCUCUGGUUCGACUUCCGUCUAAUGCGUGCUUCCACAAGACGCCGAAAGCCGCAUUUAGGAACGAUGCCCCGAGUCUCCCGAGACGUAUAUUCGGGCUGGAUAACAUUCUUCAGAUAAACAAGACCUCGAUAGGUCCCAGUGUUCUGGUUCUUCCACGUUUCACCUAACCAUGAAGAACCACGUGCGAUGGCUCCUUGCGCUGCUACCUUGCGUAGCAGGUACCAUCCUCGGCCAAGACAGCACCAAUGCAGCAACUUCUCCCUUGGAGCUCAUGUCUCAGAUCCCUCAAUGCGCCGUCUCUUGUGUUACGACAGCAUUCUUCAGUUCAGGCUGCGGGCUGGACAACAUCGCCUCAUGUGUUUGCACCAACGUCACCCUCCUAGAUGGACUAUCCGGAUGCGUGCAAACAUCUUGUACAUGGCAAGAUCAGCUUUCAUUGUCUUAUAUGACAGAUGACCUGUGCCGUCCUUUCCCCCACCCAUCUCGAGACACCGAAAUCAAGCUGGUUGUGGCGGUGUUGGCCGUGAUAACCUUUCCAAUUGUAAUUUUGAGACUGGUAUCAAGAUGGAUCAUAGCAAGCCGCUUGGAACUUGACGACUGGAUGACCAUAGUCACCGCCGCCAUACUAGCCACCACCCUUGGUUGCGUUGUUGCGACCGCUGAUCUUGGCUUCGGGCUUCAUUACUGGAACGUGAACCCAGAAAAUGCCCAGAAGAUCCUUCAACUCUACUACGCCGUGCAAAUGCUUUACGUUGUCGUCCUGAUUUUGGCGAAGCUGUCCAUUAUUGCCCUUUUCGCUCGUGUAUUCCCCGACCGCAAGUUUCAAAUCAUCAACAAAUUGGUGUUUGUGUUCCUCGUUGGCCACGGACUGGUCUUUCUCUUUGUCAUCAUGUUCGAAUGCACGCCCAUCGCUGGAAUCUGGGACCGAACUAUUGAGCGGAAAUGCGUCAACGUCAACGCCGUUGCUAUGGCCAGCGCGAUUCUCAGCAUCGUUGAGGAUAUCGUCAUUUUUGCUAUGCCCAUCCAGCAGCUCAGCAGGCUCCAAUUGGGUUUCAAAAAGAAAAUUGCGGUUGGCUUCAUGUUGAGUCUUGGAUCAUUCGCAUGCAUCACUUCAAUUGUGCGAUUGCGCUGGCUCGUAUUGUUUGCUGAGUCUUAUGACACCACAUGGGAUAACGUCGAUGUGGUGACAUGGAGCAUGGCCGAGAUCUCGUGCGCCUUGAUGUGCGGUAGUCUUCCUGCAUUACGACCUCUUCUCAAGAAGAUACCCGGACUUCUCACGACUAUCCGAGGCACACGCCCGACGGUUGAAGUCAAGGAAACUUUUAACAGGGCAAGCAGCCGGCUUUCAUUCGGAGACAAGAAGCCUGUCGCCCCAGCUCCCGUCAUCACAUCACGACACCGAUCGGUACCAUCCCCCGAGCCCUCGCCUUCAGAGGACUCAUUCAUGAUCAAGGUUCACAUUGCGGAGCAUCUCGAUCCGAGGAUGAAGCCACUGCCACCAGCGCCAUUACAGCCGCUUAGUUACCAGCCUCCGUGGAGAGAUAGCGCCACAUUGCAGGCUCCUAGAACGCCGAUGACCCCGAUGAGCAUUAGGAGUUUCCGAAGAGAGGCAAAUGCAGAGUACGAGUUAGACUUGAGAGGGGUCGUUAAUACGAAGACCUGGAUGUAGAACGCGAACAUGACUUCGAGAUACCCAUUUGGCACAUAAGGAUAGAGGUUAAUACCCCAGUUUUGAUAUAGAAGUUACUUGAAUGACAUAGAAUAUCAACUUUAUUAGAUGCACCUACCUCAAUUGCCUUACUUAAUUGCCAACUGCUGUAGGACUGAAGCGUUGAAUGAAGCUGUGGUCUAUGACCAU